UGCGUGGCCAAUCGUGCUGCAGUAAGCCCAGUGAAUGGAAACAGACUCACUUCGAUUCCUGUUGGGAGAUUUCGAAUGCGCUCUGGGCAGUGAACCGGGCUGUGCAGCAGUGGACAACUUGAGUGACAGCUCGUCCUUCCCGCUCCUGACGCCAGCAUGGAGGUCGAGGCGGUUGCCGUGGGGAACCUGAUUGACUUUGAUGUGCCGCCAUGCGCCGAGGAGACGGGCCCCCCGGCCGUAGCUCCCGGUGGGACGGACUUCCAUACAGACUCCGCCCCCCUCCUCCCAGAGCCCAUGGCCCCCACCCACAGCUUGGACAACCCCGGCGACGGGGGAGACCGGGGCAACGACAGCGAGGCCACGGAGUCCGCGGACAGCGACAACGAGGGAACCGAGUCGCCCUCCCAUCCCAAGAGCUCCUCCCGCCGCUCCUCCUCCUCGUCCAAUCACAGCGCGGAGGAGGGCGGGGCCGAAGUGGCGGAGUGUCGGGAAUUCAUGAAGGCCUAUGUGGAGAAGGUGUUCCACGGCAGGGAGGAGUUUGAACCAGAGGAGAAGGCUCGCUUUGGAGAGCUGUGCAGUGGAGAAAACGCAAAGGGCAGGGAGUGGUUCGCCAAGUACGUCAGCGCACAGCGCUGCAACUCCAAGUGCGUUUCAGAGCAGACCUUCUACAGGCUGGUCCAGUCCUUUGCUGUUGUUCUCUUUGAGUGUUACCAGAUGGACGAUUACAGUCCGGCCAAGAACCUCAUGACCAUGUGCUUCACCUACUACUACAUAGGCAGGUCCCAGCUGUCACCCACAGAGCUGCUGGAGCGGCCCACAGGCGGCAUCGACUCCUACCUGCGCAGCGCCAACACCUGGCUGUCGGGCAAGAAGGACAUCGCCGAGCGCCUGCUGAAGAACACCUCCGCCAAGACCGACGUCAAAGGCUUCUUCGGGGGCCUGGAGAGCAAACUGAGGGGCCCUUCUGCGCGCAAGAGCGGAGAUUCGGAGAACCCUGCCGAAGAAAAGCCCAAAACGCCUGUGUCCCCUGAGUGUCCUGAAGAAAAUAAAGGAGAGAAGAUCUACCUAUACACACACCUGAAGCAGCAGCCUAUCUGGCACACCCUGAGGUUUUGGAAUGCAGCAUUUUUUGACGCUGUCCACUGCGAGAGAAAAAAGAGGUCACCCACAACGAGGCCGACGGCCGAGGAAGAGAAAGAUGAGAGGGAGAAAUGGUGUCACAUGACCCAGGAGGAAAAAGAUGACAGUUCUAGAUUCAAUGAGAACAUCACUUUUGGCCAGCUGGGGACGUUCACACACAACAUGCUGGCCUUUGGACUCAGCAAGAAGCUCUGCAAUGAUUUCCUGAAGAAGCAGGCAGUCAUUGGAAAUCUGAAUGAAGAACAAUACAAGCUGCUCAGCGACCACAUCGAGCAGAUGGCUGCAGAGUGAGGCAGGCCCGGCCCUGCUUGACCUCCCGCAGCCUCCUGACCCGCGUAUCCCGCCAUGCUCCUCCUCCGCCCACCGUUUCUCUCGCACGUCCUCAUCCCCCCAGCAGGCCUCUGUCACAGCCACGCACAGCUCCAGCUCCUGGGGGGGCCCACAGGAUCUGCGUGUUUCAGUUCUGUUCCAGCUUUUAUCUGUGCUCACGCUUUGGGUGUCGUCUGCCCUGGUGUCGUACAUGUCAGUCCGCCGUUGAGUGAAACUGUAAAAGCCGCAGAACCCUGGUGCCCCAAGACUGGGGUUGUGCAUCUCUGCUCUAUCAGAUACCCCCCAAUGUCUUUGCACCUUCAAAAUGUUACCCCCCCCCCCCCCCCCCCACCCCGACACAUCCUUCUUUUGCCUCUGUAAUUCCAUCCAUCACUACUAUCUCACCAGUCCCUUGCUCUCUCACAAAGAAGCAUCUGUGGGAUUCCGGUAACAAAUGCAUUUUAAAAAAGAGGUUCCAACACAAGCAGCGUGUCCGUCCAUUCCCAAUAGGGACCUUUGUAUUGGUAGAGGGAGGUCAUUAUCCUCCCGCGCUGUAUUGUGCUCUGACAGGCAUAUUCGAGUCACUUUCAAUUUUCACUGAUAUCAAAUAUUCUCACCUGUAUGCUACCAGGGGAUGUGUGAAAAUCACUCCAUUCUGCUCAAAAGUGCCUUUGAAUUGUAAGAAGGUACUUCUACGUGGAGUAUUUUAAAUGCAAGUCUCAGUGUUAAGGAUGGAUCAGUUUUUCUAUUCCUGUCUGGCAGGUGAAAACACAUCUGAAACAGUGGAACAAUGAGCCCUGUCUCUUGUGAAGGCAGGCAGUCCCCCUCCAUUUGAAUGACAGCUAAUUCACUCCAGCGGUUAGAUCUGGGUGAAGUGCAGGCACUCCAGCAUAAUUACCCUGGAAGGAAAGCCCCAUGCCAUCCCGUAGAGUAGUUUUUGUUGUGUAUUGUGAAAUGUGUAUGUGUUUUUGUGUCUGUGGUAGAUUUCCUCAGAGUAAAGUGUAAUGCUGUGCAAAUGGGGCAUGAUGCUUUGUAGAGCAUGGAUGUUGUACUUGCAGAAAUCAGGCCACCAGGGGGCAGUCACGUCAGUUGCCCAUUUCAGUGGGGUUGAACUUUCAAAUUAGUCUGUAGCUUUCAAUCUGAUAUCAAAUUCAUUUUGGCAACACUGUUUGCUUUCCUGUCCAUGCAAACUGAAGGCACUUAGACUCUACAUAUGUAUGUUAUUUAUGUUUUUGUGUGUGAAUUUAAAUAUAAUGAAUAUUUGCCCUGAUGGCUUGCUCUGGCAAUAUUUUGGUGGGUAAAAGGGAACACCAGUUUGUUUACUGGUUAAUUUAUUAUCAAUAAUGAAUUGAUUUGUACUAAUCUGUUGUACCUGUUCAUAUAUAUAUAUAUUUGUAUAUUAUUUAUGUGUGCAGGGUCUUGUUCUCGUUGCCUUUUGUUUUCAUAUCAUAUUUGUGCUGUGGAAUGAUUCUGUGACUGUUGAUGAAUCCUGGGUGUUGAUUCUUGUUGUGUUGUGUUGAUUUGUCCAUUCAAGGUGCCAUUUUGGAUAGGACUCUGGUGAAUCUGAUGCACGUUUAAUCAUACAUAACUUAGUUAUUCUAUCUCUAUGGCGUGAACUCAGAAUACAGGAAAUAUAAAACCAUAGAUGUAUCAAAUCAAUAGGUAUGACAUUCUGUUCUCCUGACCGCUGUAUUAGCAAUAGAUACUGCCGUGCUGCGGUAAUAACCCAAAGUGCCCACAGUUUUCCUGUGUAAACCUUAGUGACGUGCUACAAGAGACUGUAGAUGUGUAUUAUGUGUACAGUGUGUAUUUUACAGUAGGUGUUACUCUUAAUGUGUUGUAGUGCAUAGAUGUACACUGUAGCUGUAGCAUUAAGCUGUGUGCUCUGUAGUUGUACUGUGUAGAUGUGUACUGUGUUGUGUUAAUGUGUUGUAGCUGUGGUGUGUUCCAUUCCUCUGUACUUGGCCUCAGUAUGUGGAUCUCUUUCCCUGGGCAGUCCUCUCAACGUUGCCCCUUUGCCUUGUUGUCAAGGGAAGGCCCAUUAUGUUGUUUCCAUCCCCUUGGCCUAUCCCCUUGUUGUGUUUGUUUUCUAUUGGAAAACCUGUCCUUUGUCUUGUCAAGCAAAGACCCGCCCCCUGGUCUUGUUGCAGUAGGACAUCCCACCCUGCAGUGGGCAGUAUUGUACUGUUUGGGUUGUAACACUGCAGAGGUAAUUUGUCACUGCUCUUUCCUGCAUCAUGUGAUAACUCGGAGUGCUGUAGUGACCUCUGCAUGGAGGGUCAGCCAAGUUUAAAGCAAACCAUGAUCAUAAAGAUGUAUUUUUGUGUGUCAGCAUUAAAGCAAGUU